GCAAAACUUUUAGUUUCCCAGCAAGUUCAUAAUAAUACGCGACGAAGCUCCCGGGAAUAGUGUAUUCUAACUAAGAUGACAGCAAACAAGGUCAGUUGAGACCCUUCGGAAUACACUACCUGUAACAACUCGUGCUUUUUGUGAAAUCCUGCUUAGCUGAAGAGACAUUUGUCGCGGAAAUGACCAGCUCAGAGCCUUGGCGUCCAGCGAACCCUACGCGCAAACCACUCGGCAAGCUCGCCAGCCGACUGGAGGAGGUGAAGAACUCUUGGAGACAGGGAUCGGCACUCGAACUGAGCCACAAUGAAACUGCACGGCUCGCCACGGACGCGCUCUUGGAACAGGGGGAAAAGGAGUAUAGAAAAGUCCUAAAUGAAGAAAGAGAAGUGAACUUUCUGUCCUCGCUGGAAAUACGCUAUAUCACCGAAAAUGUGGCCAAGACUGGCAGCACGGACAGCGGCAUUAAUGGAGUGGACAUGGAGGAAGGAGACACGGUGUCCGAACUCACUUCGGGGACUUACUUUCCCAUGAUGUCCGAUGAGGAGCCUCCGAUGUUGGAGUUGGGCUGGCCCGAGCUCUCCAACCGAUAUGGCCCCACAGAGGCGCAGAUACACUUUCAGAGGGACAAGUCCCAAAAUUUCAAAGAUCUGAUUCGAUCUCUCAUCAGUAAAGCAAAGAAGGUUAUCGCUAUAGUCAUGGAUAUAUUUACAGAUGUGGACUUGUUCUGUGACUUAAUGGAGGCCUCCAACAAGCGCCGGGUUCCAGUUUAUAUUCUACUGGACGAGAAGAAUCUCAGCCAUUUUUUGAGUAUGUGCACAGAACUUGACAUCCAGAAUUCACACCUGAAUAAUAUGCGGAUAAGAAGUGUAUGUGGUGACACAUAUUGCACCAAAAGUGGGAAGAAAUUCACGGGUCAAAUUCAGGAGAAAUUCAUGAUCAUUGACCGUGAGGAAGUCAUAGCUGGAUCGUAUAGUUUUACAUGGCUCUCUGCUCAGGUCCAUAGCAACAUGCUAAUGCACUUCUCCGGUCACGUUACUGACUGCUUCGAUCGGGAAUUCCGCUGCAUGUAUGCCGACUCUCAAAUAAUAGACCGUUUCCACAAUCCAGAUGAAGAAGGUCUACCCUGUUACCCUUACAGCAUGAUGGCACCAAACUUGGGGCUGGACUUUCUCCCAGACUAUAGCAGCAAAGAGCGUGUGUAUUCAGAGAAUUCCAGUAGCCAAUCAAGUGGUAGCGUUUCCAGCAUCAAAGCUGCACCUCCAGGUAUCAAGUCUGUUUACAAAGUCACACAUGACAAAAAGAACCCAGAAAACUCACAAAAGAGUACUGACCGGAAAGGGGUCAUAAGCCCAGAGCAACAAAUGCCUCAAGGAAGCCACAUUGGAAGAGGUCCUCCGAAUGGUACGCACCAAAGUCAGACUGUGGAACACCACUCUUUAGGAUUAGAUCAGUCUUCCGGUGUGGAAUGGUCCAAGAUGGGAGCAGCAGAGUACAUCCGGUCAAACAUUGCUGGGCAAACAUCUAAAUUCCAGGCGAUGGGUCUCUACAACUCUCCAAAACCUCCAUCACCAUCUCAACAGUCUCCACCUGAUAGCAAAAUCUCCCCAAAACAUCGCAGUCCCACCACCAACCCCUUCUUCAGUAAGUUCACUGACAUCUUCACCCCUUCCACAAAGGACAAAGAUUCCCAUGCCUUCCAGAAGUUGCCCACACAUACCUCUCCGUAUGGCGGUCCGGAUCUUUCUCAGAACGAGCCAGAGAGUAAGCAGGGACCUCCUCCACCGGGUCCCAUGCCAAAAGACAGACUGGGUCAGGAUAAAGGGAUUCAUCGGCGUGAUGAGAAACGUAUGACUUUAGGUCACAGCAAAUUGGACCUUGUGAACCAAUACAACAAGAUGAAAUCCAAACAGGUAUAUAGCCGUUUUGAGCUAAAGAACAACAUACCUCAGUAACAUUGUGGCACUGUAUUUACAGGCCAUGAUUGGUCAACCUUUCUUGAACUCUUUGUAUAUAGCUGUUCAUGGGAUAGUGCAAAGGGACAGUUCUUGCACUGGUGCGAGUUUCUUCCUACUUAUGUGUGUGGAAAAGAGACUAAAAACUUCAAGAUCUUGGUGACCAUGUGUGUUGUUCUUGUGCAUUUUGUAUUUUUAAUGAAAUUAAAUUAUUUUUACCUGUUCUGAUUCUGCCUUCAAGGCGUGCAUGUGCACACAUCUCAUAUAUGGGUCAGUGAUGUAACGUUCGCUUUUUCUGUCCAGACUAUAAAGAUCCAUAUAUCUGUC